CCUGUGGACCUGGGACUAGAAAUAAUAGAGAAAAGAUGGAACGAAAUUGAGGAAUACACCAAUAUGUCAAAGAGCUUAUUUUUAAGUAUUCUAAAGUUUUGUAUUAAAGAUAAUCGAUAUUUUCAAUAUGAGGGCAGAAUAUACAAACAAAAGAAAGGACUACCUAUGGGUUCACCAGCUUCUCCGAUUGUAGCUGAUAUAGUGAUGGAGAAACUACUUGACACCUGCAUGGAAAAACUUAAGACGAAACCUGUGAUAUUAACAAAGUAUGUAGACGAUUUAUUUAUGAUUGUUGGGGAAAAUGCAAUACAAGAAACAUUGACGACUUUCAAUAAUUUCAACAAAAAUAUUAAAUUUACCAUUGAAAAGGAGCAUAAUGGUUCCAUCCCAUAUCUGGACACACUUGUAAUGAGAAAGGACAAUAAAAUAGAAAUGAACUGGUAUCAAAAACCGACGGCAUCGAGUCGCAUAUUAAAUUUCCACUCGAAACAUCCAAAACAAAUGAUUAUUAACACAGGUAGGAAUCUUAUAAACAGAAUAUUGAAUAUUAGCGACCAUAAAUUCCACGAAACUAAUAAAAACAAAAUACGAAAAAUACUGUCCAAAAACUGUUUUCCAAAAUUAUUAAUUGAAAAAUUAAUAAAUGAAUAUAAUAUACCGAAAUCUAAGGACAAAUCUCAAGAAAAAUAUUACAAAUCAAUGAUUUAUAUUCCUGGAUUAUCUGAGAGAUUCCAAAAUUCCGAUUUAUAUGACAAGGAUAAACUGCAAAUAGCAACACGGACAAACAAUACACUAAAAAGUUUAUUUACUAAUACCAAAAGUAGAAUUCCGUUAAGUGAGAGACACAAUGUAAUAUAUAGCAUUGAAUGUGAUGGAACAAAAGACGAAAAAUGUGGAAAAAUAUAUGUUGGUACCACAAAAAACAAAUUAAAAACUAGAAUAUCGGGACAUAAAUCAGACAUUAAAUUAAGGAGCCAAAACAAUAUUCAAAAAACAGCACUUGCGGAACACUGUAAACUUAACAACCACAUACCAAACUUUGACAAAAUACGAGUAUUACAGGCGGAGAACAACUACAACAGAAGGUUAACAUUGGAGAUGCUGCAUAUAAAUAACAUACCAACAAACAAAAAGAUCAAUUACAAAAGCGACACCGAUAAUGCAGCUUAUUGUUAUCGACACUUGACAAAGAAGAGAUCGUGCAAUACGUAGAAAUAAUCAGUGCAAUAAUAACACCAGACAAUGGUAGUAAAAACUACAUUAGCUGUUAAGUAAAUCUGACAAUUUUAUGUAAAUAUUGCCCCUGAAGAUGCAAUUUGAUAAUUGCGAAAUAUUGGGAACAUAUUAUUGUAAUCAAUAAAAUAAAUCCGAAAAUGGCCUAAAGCUCGAAAAAAAAAAAAAAUCUUAUUAUUUAUAAAUCAAAUAAAAAGGCCGAU